AUGCCGGUCCACGAAACGGUAUGGGUGGAAGACGGAGCCGCUCUCGAAGUAAUUCUCGAGACCGCCGUCCUAACCGCCGUAAGGACCACAACGACGUGCCAUAUCGAAGCAACUCGUCGUCCAGUGACUCCUCUGGCCGUUCACUUCGCCGCCGCCGCCGCAGAAGAAAUGAAAGCGAAGGACGCGCUACGCAUCGAAACGGUGGAGCUCGCCGUAACAGAGAUUCCUCUCAUAUUCGUGUCCGUCGUGUCGGUCGUGAUGGAAGACGGGUGCAGUCACUACCGAAUCGACGAGAAGGUAUCUAAAUGUAUGCAAUUAACGAAAAAAAAGAAGUUUCCAGCUCACCUUGAAUAUGUUGCCCAACACGCCAACGCCAUUUUCCAACAGGACGAUGUGGGAGGAAACCAAAGGCAAUCACCUCCCAGAGAAAUUCGUGGAGGCCGAGGCCAAGACCGUUUUCCACGUCAUCAAGAAAACGAGAGGCGGGGUCUGUCACCUCCACAGAAUGGUCAUCGGGAACAAGAUCAAGUUCAAAAUCGCAAUCAAGAGGAGGAAAGUAUGGAGGAACGACUCCGCCGAGUGGAAGAGAUGAUCCGAGGAAUAGAACAAAAUAUUAUUGAUAUGGCGAUGGGGCGACAAAUGAUGCCACAGAACCAUCAUCACUACCACCAGGAACAAAUAUACCAGCAACACCAUCACUAUCACAAUUACCAACAAAACCCACACCAAAACCGUCAACCACAAGUCUACUGGCACAACAACCACGGAGGUCAUCAAGCACUCCACCAACAUUAUGACAUGGAGCAACACCACCACCUAGGCAACUGGUAUGGAAAUCCAGCUCUUCAAGACCAUGUACAUCAAGGGAAUGACCAACAGAAUCAGCGCUACCAGCAUUAUCAUGAGCACUAUCACCCCCACCACCCACACCAGAACCGGCAGCCACAAAUCAACUGGCACGAGAACCACGGAGGUCAUCAAGCACACCACCAACACCACGAAGUGGACCACCGUCAGCAAGACGGAAACUGGGACGAGAAUCGGGCUGAUCAUGGAGAACACCAAGAACACCACCCACACCAAAACCUCCAGCCACAAAUCAACUGGCACGAAAAUCACGGAGGCCAUCAAGAUCGUCAAGAGCCGGAUAUUCCAAUGCUUCCUCCGCCUAGAAUUCGAGAGGAAAAUGGAGUGGCGGUGAUUGAAUACCUCCCACAACAAAAUCAAGUUCUCCAACGUCAUCCGCAUGGAGCCCCACCUGCUCCAUUCAUAUUCAGAGAGCAUAUGCCCAUCGACGAGUCGUUUUUAUUGUGGUUCAACUACCACAUCACCAACCACUUGAACGAGGGCAUUGUGAGGGACGCCGAGCUCUAUCGUGCGGUGCUUCGAGUAGAUGACCACUUCCCGCGCCCUGACGUGGAAACUUUCUGGCGUGAUCUCGAUGAGUUCCGGCUGAGAAUGCUUGGACCAGAGCGGCCACAAACACCGGAAAGUCCUCAAUAUUCAGAACCUGGCAGCCCAGGUUACAUUGGCCCUGGUGAGGAAAACGGCGGCGUAGAGGAGGAACCACCACGAGAAAUCGCUCGGGAAGAAUUGAGAGUUCAGGAGGACAAUGAACGAGUGGUGGAAGAUCCAGAAGAACAGUGGCGACCAUAUUCUCCAGGCAGCCCCCAAUACGGCCCUCCCGAGGACCGCGUCGAAGAGCAAGAAGUGAACUUCAAUAGCCAACAGGUUCAAUAUCGGCUCCGAUUCUUCAUGCAGAGUAUGUUUUCAAAAAUUAUAUAUACAUAUACUAGCUAA